CUUGAAUCGGUGCGCCCGUCGGACUGAUUUUCUAAGCGGACCGAACGUCGAGGGUUGGCGCCCAGCUUCCGGUUUGCGGUACCGGCGUCGGCGGCAGUUUGUCACUUUUGGCAGAACUAGGAGCGGAGGCUAUUAUCACCUUUGAAAAAUGCCAAAGAAGAAGACGGGUGCCCGUAAGAAGGCAGAAAGCCGGAAGGAGCGGGAGAAACAGAUGCGGGCAAACAGAGAAGUGGUGGACCUCGCCAAGCAUCCCUGCAAUGCCUCCAUGGAAUGUGAUAAGUGUCAGAGGCGGCAGAAGAACAGAUCUUUUUGCUAUUUCUGCAGUUCUGUACAAAAGCUGCCAAUCUGUGCUCAGUGUGGGAAAACUAAAUGCAUGAUGAAGUCCUCAGAUUGCGUGAUUAAACAUCCUGGAGUACACAGCACUGGGCUGGCUAUGGUGGGGGCAAUCUGUGACUUCUGUGAGGCCUGGGUCUGUCAUGGGAAGAAAUGUCUCAGCACACAUGCCUGUAUCUGCCCGCUUGCUGAUGCAGAUUGCGUUGAAUGUGAAAGAGGAGUCUGGGAACACGGAGGAAGAAUAUUCCGUUGUUGUUUCUGCCAGAAUUUCCUGUGUGAAGAUGAUCAAUUUGAACAUCAGGCAAGCUGUCAGAUCCUAGAAUCUGAAACCUUCAAAUGUGUGUCUUGCAACCGCCUUGGACAGCACUCCUGCCUACGCUGUAAAGCUUGCUAUUGUGAUGAUCAUGCUCGCAGUAAAGUAUUUAAACAUGAGAAGGGGAAAGAGCCUCCCUGUCCCAAGUGUGGUCACGAAACUCAGGGAACCAAAGAUCUUAGCAUGUCAACUCGCUCUCUGAAAUUUGGCCGGCAAAGUGGGACAGAUGAUGGUGAUGGGGCUUCUGGAUAUGAUGCUUACUGGAGGAGCGUAUCAUCUGGAGGAGGUGGAGCUGGUGGUGAAGAUGAGGAGGAGGAGGAAGAGGAUGAAGAGGAAUAUGGAGAUGAGGAUGAGGAGGAUGAUGAAGAAGAGGAUAAGGAAUCUGACAUUGAAGUUUCAGAACCCUUCUCAGAGCUCAAUCUUGGCAGGACCUACGCCAGUGGGUAUGCCCAUUAUGAAGAAUCACAUGACUGAUCAGCAUGCACACUCUUUAUAGCUGAUGACGUAUUAUCUAUUUAUCUAUUUGGGUAAAGCAAAAAAAAAACAAAACAAAUUUUCUCCCCCAAAAUAUGUACAACUCUUUUCGGCUGUUUGACUUGUUCAGGACUUUGUCAUUAAAAUUGAAAUGGUUUCUACCUGCA